GCCGAAGAAGAAGACUUGGAGCAAUAAGUGUUGUUGCUAACGUUGCUAUUUACAGGAGCUGAACUCCUCGCUGCGCUGCAUCAUAUCCCCCAGUCGGCUCUGCUGACUUCUCAUACUGGCAUUUAGAUCAUUUAUAACUGUCACAGAGCGCUGACCACACAGAGCAACACUGUGUGUGCUCCUUCAACACAGCUAGCAUUGGCUAGCGGACCCCUGAGCAGAGAUGGAGUGGCUGUGUAACCACGGCGAGGAGUCGAGCAUUGACCCAUCUUCAACAGUCAACAGCACCAGCGGAGUUUAUCCUAACCAGCAGUCUCCAUCAUCGCACCUUUGUGAUUGUGCCAUGGCGUCAUUGUGCCAGAGUCAGCAGCGCUGUGUGAAGGCCUCCAUCGUGUCCAGCUGGAGACUGGCCGAAGCCCAGGAUCAGCUAUGCUCUCUCGGCGUCCACAGCUCCGAGUCCCUGGAGCAGGAACGUGCUCGGACUCUGGUCUGCCCCAGCGAACUCACACACACUGAGGAGGAGUGGCGCCGCAAGGAGAGCAUACUGGGAGGUCAGGAACCCAGCCGCAGUCCUGUGCUCGGAGCUGUUGGAAGUUGGGACGUCUUUGAUAAGAGUAUCAUCAAUGUUCAAAAUCAACCUGUAGAAAUGGAUCAGGACAAAUGCAAGACGUUUCUCCAAAAGUAUGACCAACAGCUCAGGCAUUUUGGUAUGUUGCGGAGAUGGGACGACAGUCAGCGGUUCCUUGCAGACAUGCCUCAGCUCAUCUGUGAGGAAACGGCCAACUAUUUGAUUCUGUGGUGCAUGAGACUACAGCAAGAAGGGAAAGAAGCACUGAUGGAGCAGGUGGCGCACCAAGCUGUAGUCAUGCAGUUCAUCCUGGAGAUGGCCUCGAACUCUCAGCAGGAUCCUCGAGGCUGCUUCAGACAAUUCUUCCACAAAGCCAAAGAAGGACAAGAAGUCUACUUAGAAGUCUUCCGUACGGAGCUUGAGGCCUUUAAACACAGGGUGAAGGACUGCGCUGUCAAGUCAAGAGGUGAUAUACCCAACAACGUCGAACAACAGAAAACCGGCACAAACUGCAGACUUGACCCCAAAGAAGCCCUAGACUCUUUAUCUCCAGUGGCAGAGUAUCCUGUAAAGCGUUGCUUAGAGGCUGGACUGUGGACAAGCACAGGGAGGUGGACAAAGAACGAAGCUACAGAAACGGACGAUAUACGCAUGAUGGAGACCUCCUAGGGAUUGUAGGACCGUCCCCUUCUUCUCCUCCAUCUCUUCGCCUCCACAUUUAGGAACAAGCUCAGUUUUAAGGCCUUCUUUAACACAGCAGAGCAGGCUGAAUAACCGCAGUGCAGAGCAGGAAUAAAAGGAGACAUGGUCCUUCUUUAACGCUGCAGGAGAUAAUGUUUUGCUGAGUCAAACAUUUUUCAUUGCUGUCGGUAUUAUGCCACUGUGGUUGGCAUCUGGCGAGCUGGUUCCUGCAGUGUUUCUUGUGAGCUAAAAGCAUGUGCUGUGCCAUAACCCUGGUUUUACAGAUGGCAUUCUGAUAUCAAUCCAGGCUGUUUCCUUUUUUUUAUUUCUCCUGAAAAAGAGGAACAUCCUUACAUGGAAGCAAAAGAAACAGAGUCAACUCAAAUUAAAUCCAGACAACACAAAGACUAUUACACUAAUAAAGUCUGUUGGAAAUUAGCUUGAAGUAGGAGUCAGGUCAGUGCACAUCUCACGAGUAUUGUUAUAGCUGCUAAUGAAUCAUGACUGACAGAUGGGCUGCAUUGUAUCCUGUGUGGUAUAAGUGUUGGUUAAUGGUAGGGCUGUACCAAAUAGUUGAUUGAAUAAUGAACAAAACUUUUAUUAGUUUGAAUCUUCUCUCAUAAUGUUGACAUUAAAAUUUUGGAUCAACAUUUGAAUGCUGCUCAGAUUUUUUCUGUUUUUCUAAUAACUAGACCAUUGCAAAGUUUUAAAAAAAAUAUUUAAAAAAUAUGUAUUUAAUACAUUGAAAUUAUCGGCUUCAAUUCGUAUUUGUCUUUUUUUUUUAACUGUUUCACUGUGGUUUGCUCUGCCACUUCCAGGCAUGCACCUGUACAUAAGGGGGCAGUCUAGCAACAAUUUAACAGCACAAUAAAUUACAUUUAUAUAGCUUUUCAUCACACUUUAUUCAAAUUGUGGAUUUUGUUUAAGUUUUUUAAAAUUUUUCAAAUGUUCUUUUUUUCCCUUUUUUUUUUAGCAUGACGAUUUAAGAGCUGGCCGAAAUGGCAAAAAUCUUCUUUCCGAAUAUAGAUCAUUUUGUAUCCCUAACGCCGUGUGUGACAAGAUAGCAUGUGUGCUGGUUUUGCAAUAUUGUGAAAGAUAUGAUAGAAAAAUAUAUUUAAUAUGGACAUUUUAAAUCAUUUGUAAUGGUCUGUGUCCUUAUGAUGCUCAGCACUUUGACAUAAUAUAAGACAACAGACAUUUGAAGCUUCAUUUGGAAAUCUCAAUGGAAGCUGCAAAUGUUUAAAAAAACAACAGAUAUUUGGUACAGCCCUGGUUAGUGGUUAACAUUUCAUAGAAACAGCCUGCUAGAGUGGAUAAUCUGCUAUACGGUAUUAAGGCAAAGUGUCUGAAAGUAAAAUUUUAAAGUACCUGAUCAUGUGCCAGGAUACAGGAACUACUGUAAAAUAGGAAGAAUGUAGACGUUCAGCAGCUUUGAUUUUGAUCAACAGGAAAACAUUUGCAAAUGAUACAGUUUACUUGAAGGCGAAGGCAGUGUUGUGAAUUCCACAUUUUCAGUCAUUUGAUAAAGACGUGUUGCCUCACAGCUUUUAUUUUUUCAUUCAUUUAUUACUGAAAGCUCAUGCAAAUGAGCAGAGAGCAGUUUGUUUGCGUUUGAUAGGAAAUGUCUUCAUCCAUUUGUGGUAAGCCAGAUUUGUGUUUUUCUGCAGCAUUUAACUCGUUAGGUUAGUAUGAAAAUAAUCAGCGUAAACAGGUUUGUUUGAAAGAGAUCAUGUUCACCCUGCUGGCCUCGGCUCUUACAGCUUUCAGACACAGCUGAUGUACUUGUAUGAAGUUGAACACAGCCCACUUGUCUCCCAGGCUCAUUAUCAGAGAGGAUAAAUAAUGCAGAAUGUGUGUGUGUGGGUGGCCACUCAGUUAGCUGGUACAGGGAUGCUUCAUGAAGGUAGCUUUUGGUGCAGAGGUUUUGAUUUGUAUGUCACAAAAAAGAUCAUUGUGCCAGAAAGGCUGCCGAGAUCUGCCUCUCUUGUUGCUUACAAGAGUUCUAAAAUUAAUAAAAAUUAUUUGUAAUCCUUGACACUUCGCUGGAUGGCUCAUGAAGGUCAGAGCAUGUACAAUAGUGGUUUUAAUGUUGAAGGGUUAAGGGAAAAAAGUAUUCCUUGAGUUGUCUGGAGAAGAUUGAAAUGCACAAGUAAUUAGACUUCCUCCUUUAAAUCUGCCAUUUACAUGCAUCUUUGACAUUCAGACUUGAUUCUAGUGUCUUAACUGCAGACAAACAUGAAUCCCAGUUCAUAUAAAGCAUUCAAAAUCACUGGAAAAUCAGUAUAUUUAGCUUUUAGUCCACCUACAACAACAGAAGAUGAUGGCCAGAGUUGGCUGCAUUUGCUUGCACCGUAUUGUCCUCUGUAACAGAAAUAAUUCAGCCUUUCAGACUGGGAGUUGGCUGCUUAUUUAUUUAAGCAGCUUAACAUUAGGCAAAUACACACAAUGAGCUGAAGACAAUAGUGCAUGCUGUUGUGAGACUAUAACUCAGCAUUUAUUACAUGAUUAAUCACUCAUAUCUUGAUGCAUUUAAGCAUUUUAACGGGACAAGGUCGGCCCGAUUUAAUGAGUUUUGAUUUUGAGACAAUCUUAUUGGUGAUCUGUGUGCAAGAAGCAUGCUAAUGUAAGAUAAAAGGGGGUUGUCUGUUCAGUUUAUUAUUCAUCCCAGUGCUUUUCCUUCUGUGAGUUUAUCUUGAGAGGCAAUCACAUAAUCAAAGCCUCAAAUUUCAUCCGGCACACAGGUGAUGGAAGUGAAAGGGUUUACAAGGCCUGCAUGUGUUUUAUUCUUUCUGGUUCAGUGACGAGCCAGAGUAACACAAGCUUACAUUUUCCUAACCAGCUUGCCAUCUACAGUACAGCAUCUGAAACCGAACUACUACCGCCAGUUUCCUUAUACAAGUGCUCUGUACAAACUGUCAGUGGUGUGUUUGUAAACGUUCAAUAUUCUUGGAUGUAGAUCUGAGAAGGAGGGGAGGGGGGAAAAGGGCUGAACGCUCAACAAAGAGACUUGCUGUAUGUUUGUUUGCAGAAAGUAACUCUGCAUCUGAAUGUGUCCUGCACUUUAUAUUUCUCUGCCGUUUAAAAAAAAAGAAACAUUUUAAAAAAGAGGCUGAGUAGGAGUGUUUGAAGCACUUGCCUUUAUUAUUCUUCCUCAUACCGUAUUAUGAUUUUGUCCCUUUUUUUUGUUGUGUUCCCAGUCAUCCAGAAUUUAAUCAUAAAUUCUGUAUGUUUUUAUUUAACAAGCAGGCUUUAGUUUUACCCCCAGUUUUGAAUUGUGUGACAUUUUGUUUUAGUUUUUGUAUCCUGUUGUUCACUAUUUUUUUGUGUUUGAGGGAGCUUUUGCCAUAUUUAUGAGGCUUCCAAUUAAUCUUCCCCUUGAUAAUUAUCAUCUUUAUUUACCAGAAAGAGCCAAAAUUAACGUGAGAAUCUGCUGAGCGACACAAUCAGUAAGAUUUUUACUGCAGACUGUGGAAUUAAAGACACCAUACGAAGCAUUAAAGUACAAUACAUGUGUUUAUGACUUCAAGCUACUGUUAUUUUAUUAUUUCACAGGUUUUGUUCUGCUCUGCACAGAACCGAUAUGGGGCAGUUCACAUAUAACAAGUAUCCUAAAUACUGUAAACUAAACAGCAGUAUUGUAAGCAGUGAAGCUAAACCAAUGUGCUGUAGUGGUCUUAUGUAUUUCUUCUCUCUUUUUUUGUCCAGUGACUUUUCAACUAUGCAAAAUAACUGUAUGGCUUAAGCUGUUGAACUAAACCUGUGGCCAGUGUCCUUGAUGUCUCAGCAUCCUAAAUUAUUUAAAAGCUAUUAUAAAAUUUGUAAAUGGAAGAGUUUCUGUUGCAGAGCUUUAAGGAAAUGAUCCGCAAUUUUUUAACAGUAGGACACUGUAAGACUUGUCUUCUCUUAUAAACAAGAGUUAAACGUGUCUUGUAGAAUUAUGGAAGUCAUUUUCUGCUGAUGUAAUGAAAAAAAAAAUCCUGAAAGUAAUUAAAAUAAUGACUUGUGUUGAGAUGACUUAGUAUCCUUAAAUACUGAUUUUGUGUUGCAACAUAAUGAGAAACUUGCUCAAAACAAUAUCUUGGUGUCUUGAAAUGUUUCUCAUUUGCUUGAGAUACUGAGUCUAUUUUGAAAUGAGUAAGUAAUAGUGAUAGGAAUGUUUUUGCAUUUUUUGUAUCUCAUUUUAAUAUACUAGCUGUUAAAGUCAGUAUUUCAAGCUACUGCGUUAUUUCGAAAUACUAUGUUAUUUUGAUAUACUAAGCCAUUAUUUCAAGUUAAGUAAGUCAUGAUUUUAAGAGUUUUUCUUUAUUUUGAGAUAAUGAUUCAUUAUUUCAAGAUUAUAAGUAGUUAGUUCGAGAUACAAAGUUGAUAUUGAGCUACUAAGUCAGUAUUUUGAGAUACAUCGUUAGUUCAGUGACGAAACUAAGUUAUUUUGAAAUAAUAUUUUGAGAAAGUUUCUGAUUGGUUUUAUAUACUAAGUUGAUAGUCUGAGAUACCAUGUCGUUAUUUGUCGAAAUAAUUCUUUAUUUCGGUUAAGUUUCUAGAUAUUGUCAUUGUUUUGAGAUACUAAGUCAUUAUUUCAAAAGUUUCUGAUCGUAACUUAUGGGACAUUUUUUUUCUUUUAUUGGCAGGAAUGAGCCUCCAUGUAAUCUGCUACAGUUCUUUGUGGGCUCCUCUGACAGAUAAAAUUGAGUAAAAUGAACUAGGGCCAACCCUAAAUUCUUUCAAUACUUGCAUAACACACCCAAAUCUACAACAGAUUGUUGUAGGUCAGUUGCAUUGUGGGUAAUGUAGGAGCUGAUAAAAACAGACUAUUUCUGGUGCGUCAAUUUUGAUACUUUCUUUUCUUUUUUUUAAGCUGUGCGUUGGUAUAAUGCGGAAUCAUCGGAGUCGGCUACUUGUAACUGUCUGUUUUAGGAGGCAGGUGUGUUACUGUCAAAAUUAGUCAAAUUAAAACACUAACUGCGAAGUUUUCCGGUUGUGUAACUCUGGUGUACAAUAAUAUACCACGUGCAGUAACUAGUAUCAGAUGUUUAUUGUGAUUCAUAAUAAAUACUUAUGACACAGUU